CUCACCUCUCAUCUCUCGCAACAGUCACCAUUAUUAACCCUGAUUUCUCUCACUACAACACCACCACCGCAAUUCUCUUCCACCGAUCAUUUUCUCUCUCCUAGGGUUCCGAUCUCAGUUAGGUUCCCGGCGACAAUAUGAGCGGCAAAGAAGUCGGCGCAUCCACCAAAGGCGGCCGAGGCAAGCCUAAGGCUUCCAAAUCGGUUUCGAGGUCGUCGAAAGCUGGGCUUCAGUUUCCUGUUGGUAGGAUCGCUAGGUUUUUGAAGGCUGGAAAGUACGCUGAGCGUGUCGGUGCUGGUGCUCCGGUGUAUCUCUCCGCCGUUCUUGAGUAUCUCGCUGCUGAGGUAUUGGAGUUGGCUGGAAACGCAGCAAGAGACAACAAGAAAUCUCGAAUAGUACCGCGUCACAUUCAACUAGCAGUGAGGAACGAUGAAGAGUUGAGCAAGCUACUAGGGCAAGUAACAAUCGCAAACGGCGGCGUUUUGCCAAACAUUCAUCAGACUCUUUUGCCUAAGAAGAUUGGCGGUGGUAAAGGAGAUAAUACUCAAUCUCAAGAGUUCUAGAAAUUUUUCGGAUGUACUUAAAAACAAGGAAAUUAAAACUAGUAUAAUUUGUUUUUCUUUUUUGGGGGAUUUUUAUGGGGGUUUUGGUUUUGGUUUCCUUCCCCUUUUUGUUCUUAGAUAUAGCUAUCAAUGGGGGUUACUGAGUAUAAUGUUUAUGUAAUGUAGUAUUAGUAGUUUAUGGGAUUUUAAUCAUCGGGUUUUCUAUUUUCUAAUGGAAAAUUGUGAAUUUUCUGAAUUGUUUUCAUUUGUAGUCAAAAAGUAGUUUCUGUAUUUAUUAGUCAUUUUGCACCAUAGUGUUCCGAUCAUUUUGCCUGUA